AUGCGUUACACUGAGGAAUUACAAUCAUGGCCAAAAUUCUACAGAAAUGAAACGAAAAUAAAAGAAUUUAUUUUAGUAGGUCUUUCUCCAGACCCACAGCCAUUCCUUUUUGGAUUCUUUUUGCUUAUUUAUAUUCUCACUUUGAUAGGAAAUGUAACUAUCAUUUUAACAGUGACCUUUGAAUGUCAGCUUCAUUCUCCCAUGUACCUUUUUCUAAGGAGCCUUUCUCUGACUGAAAUUUUCUAUGUGUCAUCAACAGUCCCUCGGAUGCUAAGAGAUUUCUUGCACAAACACAAAAGUAUCUCUUUUGUAGGGUGUGCUGCUCAGCUCUACUUCUUCUGUUUCCUGGGUGCAACAGAAUGCUUCAUUCUUGCAUUUAUGGCUUAUGAUCGAUAUAUAGCCAUUUCAUAUCCUCUUCACUAUAUGACCAUAAUGACCAGAACAAGAUGUGAACUGUUUUCAUUGGCCUCAUGGUUGGGUGGAAUGUUCCUGCCACUUACCAACAUAUCUCUUGUUUCCAGCUUACCCUACUGUGAUGGCAACGUGAUUGACCAUUUUUUCUGUGAUAUACUUCCAAUGGUGAAGUUAGCCUGUACUAACACAUUUGCGUAUGAGAUUGCGAUCAUGAUAUACAGUUUUUUGGUUGUACCUUUGCCAUUUCUGUUUAUUCUUGGGUCUUACGUAUAUAUCUUUAAGUCUGUGUUCAAAAUACACUCUGCAGCUGGGCGCAGCAAAGCAUUUUCUACGUGUGUUUCUCACCUCACAUCAGUCAGCUUGUUUUAUGGUUCAGCUACUAUAAUGUAUCUAAGAACUAAAUCUAUUGAUACUCAUGGUAGAGCCAAAGCAUGGUCACUUUUGUACAUUAUUUUUGCCCCUAUGCUCAAUCCCUUGAUAUACAGUUUGAGGAACACAGAGGUUAAAAAGGCCAUGAGGCGAGUCAUAAUUAGGGUUUUUAGGGGAUAUGUUUAG